CUAAGAUUAGUCCGUGGUUUAUUAUUUAAAACGUAAAUAACGAUUUCAUCAUAUUCAUAGUUCAAUAGUUCAUACUGAUGUCUGAUUACUGCAUAGUGAAUGACUGAUACUGAAGCCUAAAGGCAUAACCACAGAAUAAUUCUAUGGCAUGACUAACUCAAUUAACAGUUGACACAGUCGGACAGUACAGUUUUUGAUUUUGUGCAUUUUAUUAAAUUGUGUUACCAUUAACUCAUUAACAUGAAUUCCGCCUCAACAGCUCGAGUAAAAGAGAAGAUUCGUUAUGAUGUAGAUAUCCAUCGUCAGCUAAACAAACAAAUACUUAUGAAUUCGAGACGAGGAGUUAAAAUCGAAGAUGAAGGUUUAAAUAAUGAGUUGACUGUUGAAGACAUGCAAAAUAUGGCAUUAGAAAUUAAACGUGGAAAACAAAUUACUGUUAAACAAUUAAAAUUGUUACAUAAUGGUUUUCUGGAUUACUUAGACUUUAUUGUACUGUUUUACAAUGUUCCAGGGGCCGUUGAUUCCUUGCUUCAUCUUGCCUCUAAUAAAAAUGAAGAAAUACAGUUAACAGCAAUUCAAUGUUUUUGUAACAUGGGCUUAGGAGAUAGAGAAGUAUGUUACAAAUUGACAAAAUUAGUUGCACCAUACUUGAUGAUGUACAUCAAUCAUUUGAAUUUUAAUAUAUCAGCUAUGUCUAUCUGGACUCUUGGGAAUUUGAGUGAUUCUAGUCUAGAUGCAUGUAAAUUGCUUCAAAAUCAAAAUUUCUUUGGUACACUGGUUGAUCGCUUACAAAAUUCAACCUGUGAUCGAAUCAUUUUUGAUACCUUUUAUACCUUAAGACUUUUUCUUAAAACCUACCUGCACUAUUUACCGAUUGAUGAUUUAAACAAAUUGCUACAUGUAUGUUAUAAACGAUUGAGUACAUGGAAAGAUUCAUUUUGGAUAGUGUAUCAAAUUUCUUGUUGUCAAGAUUCUGCCUUGAAAGAUUCAAAAUGUAUAGAUCGUUUAUUGGACGCCUUACAUGAAGAUAUCAUUGAUAUAAAAUGUUUAGUGCCUAUUUUAAGAACAUUCAGUAAUAUUAUAGCUAAGGAUUCAACUAAUUCUUCAGCACUCACUUUUCUUAUUGGAUUAAAAACCGAAGAAGGAUCUAUAAUAAGAAAUAUUUUAAUUAAUAAUAGAAAUAUCAAUUUAAAUGAGGAAUGUGCUUGGUUGUUAGGUAAUGCUUUUAAGGCAGUAGGAUUAAAUGAGCUUAAUUUAACAGAUAGAACCUUUGAUAAAGUUUGCAAUUAUCUUUUGAUAUAAAUUUGUAUCACUAAAUGUCUAUAAAUAUGAAUUAUGUAUUGAUUUAAUUUUUUUUUAAUUUUUAACCUAGUUAUUUAACUUUUUAUACAUGGUAUGUUAGUAUAUAUAUAAAUAUAUUUUUUUAAAAGUACAAUAUAAUAUUAUGCAUACAUUUUAUUUUAUACUUAUUUUAUAUGACUCUUUUUUAAUGUUUAAUUUAGUUAUAAUACACUACUAUUAGUCAAUUUUCGCCGUUUUCAAAGUAAAAUAAAUUAUGACAAUGUAUAAAUUACAGUUUAUAAUGAAAAAUGUAAGAUAUGAUUAAAAUCAAACUAUUUUACUGAAAUUAUUGAAAGAUGAUACUAUUUUAAUACUUAUACUCUAAACUAUAUGGCUAGAAAAAUUCUUGCCAAAACGCAGAAGUUGAUAGGUAAAGUAAGUAGCGUCGCAACUAUUGAGUGUGCAAGGUAUGCACGCUCACGGGUCUCUAUGAUCUAGCUCUAAGGGGCCUAAAAUAAAAAUCUAAAAUUUAAAAUUGUUUUUCAAUAUUUUUUUUGUUACGAAUAUUUUUUGAUUUUAGGUUGUUGCUUUUAAAUUAAAUUAGUUGUAUGCAUAAUUAUUAAGUAGAGAUAAAUAGUAUGCAAGUGCCUAACACCAAAAUAUAAUAGUACUAAGCAUUUUAUAAUAUGCAUUAAUAGAUCUGUUGUAUAAAGGUAUCAAUAAUCGAGAUCAUAUCAUUGUUUUGUUUUUAUGGAAACUCGAUUUUACACAUUUUGCAACGAGUGUAGCGAGUUGUUACAAAAAUGGUUAUUUAUAUUCAGUUUUGUUUUAAUUAUAUGUUAACCCUAUGGGCUAUAAUGUUAGCAUCUAGUUUAUUAUUAUUUAUUAUA